AUGUCCAUCAUGGUCCAAUUCAAGUGCAUUCUGCUAUUCAGUCUCAUCGGUGCAACUGUUUCCGCCUUCCCAGCUUCGAAACUUCCCUCGUGCGUUAGUGGCUUGCCUCCGUACCACCCUCUCGUCAUUCAGCAGGGAUUCAAUGCCUCCGCUGUCGAUGGGGGUCUGAGGGGCGACGCUGCAGAUAUCCUGAAAGCUGGCUAUAAUCUCCGAGUCAUUCUCAUGGGUCCAGAGCAGAACAUCAGUGUUCUCGCUAACGAGACGACGGGUGUUCGCUGGGAUGAUAUCAUCCAGCUGUUCCGCGACAAAGCUCCACAAGCUCCGAUCCUCUUCGACUAUUCAUAUGUCACCGCUCUCUGGGCGAUACAGAGUCGCUUCCCCCUGUCGAGCAAUUGCACAGAUUCCCCGGGAACAGAUCUCGUAUGGUUGACCGACCCUCCAAAUCGACCACGCUAG